GGCCUGUUUGCAGGCGUUGCUAAUAUGGCUAACAGCAUACUGGGCGCGGGUAUCAUCGGACUUCCUUAUGCCUUGAAAAACUCUGGCUUCUUUACUGGAACGGUUAUGAUCAUCGUCCUUGGAAUCAUCACAGAUUGGUCUAUCAGGUUAAUAGCUUUAAAUAGUAAACUUACCGGUCAAAGGAAUUACAUUGGAAUCUUGGAACAUUGUUUUGGGUUCCCUGGAAAGGCUGCAGUUUCAUUCUUUCAGUUUACGUUUGCCUUUGGUGGGAUGUGUGCCUUUGGGGUGAUUGUUGGUGACACGAUCCCUCAUGUUCUCACCGCACUGCUUCCAUUCCUGGCUCGAAUCGACUGGCUUGCGUUCCUCUUUUCUAGGUCAUUUGUGAUCGUGUUCUUUACUGUCACUGUAUCAUAUCCCCUAUCGCUCUAUCGCGACAUUUCCAAAUUGAGCAAGGCAAGCACUCUGGCGCUUAUAAGUAUGGUAAUCAUCGUCAUCUCAGUAGCAACUAAAGGUCCCACAGUAAACCCCAGCUUACGGGGUGACCCAAACAAACGGUGGACUCUCAUCGAGCCCGGUCUGACAGAAGCCAUCGGGGUGAUAAGUUUUGCAUUUGUAUGCCAUCACAAUUCUCUACUCAUCUAUGGGUCAUUGAAAACACCUACACUCGAUCGGUUCGCUCAAGUGAUACAUGUAUCAACUGCAUUAUCAGUCAUUGCUUGCCUGAUAAUGUCUUUCUCGGGCUUUCUGACCUUCACCCAACUGACACAGGCUAACAUUCUCAAUAAUUUUCCAAAUGAUGAUAUUGUAAUCAAUAUCGCUCGAGUUUGUUUUGGACUCAAUAUGUUCACCACCCUUCCCCUCGAAUGCUUUGUUUGCCGUGAGACCAUCGAGACAUUCUUCUAUCACAACAAAACAUUUGACCAAACGCGACAUGUGAUUUACACCACUCUACUGGUCGGCAGUGGAUUGCUCAUCUCUUUAUCGACCUGUGAUCUUGGAAUCGUUCUAGAACUGACUGGUGGAUUUGCAGCAUCAGCAUUAGCUUUUGUCUUUCCAGCUGCUUGUCAUCUUAAACUUUCAACAAAAUCAAUUUAUUCUUCUCAAAACUUUGGUGCACUCUGUUUAGUAAUCUUUGGUCUAGCAGUCAUGGUCAUUUCAACUGUAGGAUCUUUGUAUAAAGCUUUAGAU